AUGAGUGUGCAAAUGGCCUUACCCCGCCCGCAGGUAGGUCUGAUCGUACCACGGCCGCAAGCAGGCUUUGGUAAUUGCGGCGCAAGUCUCCUGAGGAAACAAGUUCUUCCCCUCGAAGCGAAGGUGGACCAGGAUGCACACCACGAGUGGAAUGACAAAGAGAGGCUGGAACGGGUUGGACCAGCGACGGAUUCGAACGAGCGCAAGGUCAGCCGGUGGGAUGGAUUCCAAAGGCGGGGAAGAGACGAAGGUCAACCCGGCGUGGCCGAGGGAUUGCUGCUCGGGACAAGAAGAAUGCUGCAGCAAGUGAUUACAAACCCGCAAGAGAUCAAUUGGGCGAGAACGGAUCUGUUCCUCUGUUCAUCAAACACAAACAAACCUACAUCGACCUCUCGUCUUCUAGCUGGCCCUGUCGCCAACUCCCCGGCUUUAUCAAACUGGCCCCGAGCUCUUCCGCCGUGUCUCUUAAACCCAUUGCGCAGUCCCCUCCAUCCAUCCAUUAAUCCAAUGACCCCCGAAUACCGUGAUGACCCUGGCCAGACACCGGACAAUGUGAGCACGGUGUCGCGCGCUCGAGACUUUUUCUCCGUUCCUACACCAAUCAAGCGCAUCUUCGACCGUUUCCCCCUCGUCACCUACCCCUCCAAUGAUCUCCCGCACAGCGCAUGGUCAGAUAAACGUGGCAAUCGACUGUAUGUCUUCACCGAUGCCGCAAGUGCCAGGCAUGGCAGACCGUCGUUCAACCCACAGUGUCUCAAGUGGCAGGCAUACUUAAGAUUCGUUGGGAUCGACGUCGACGUGAUUCCUUCCAACAACCAUGCAUCUCCCUCUGGCGCCCUUCCUUUCCUGAUCCCCGCCCACCCCAUCAACAACAACGCCCCUAUUCCUUCCAGCAAGCUCCAAAAAUGGGCCAUUGAGCAAGUGCACUGCGAGGAGGAGCAGCAGUUGGAUCUGCGCUUCGAGGUAUAUGCGUCGUUGCUGGAUCAUCGGAUACGAAAUGCUUGGCUAUAUACCUUAUACCUGGACCCUGAGGAGUUCGAGGCCGUUGCUCGACCAUUAUACGUGAACCCGUCCAGUACAAAUUCCGCCGUGCGGACCGCUCUCGCCCUGCAACUCCAGCAAGCUGCCCGGACAGAGAUCCUAAAAACGUCAUCUUAUAUCGAUGUGGGCGCCUUGGAAGCCGAAGCCAACGAUGCAUUCGAGGCACUGUCUACGCUACUGGGCGACAACCAACACUUCUUCGACCGACCGAAUCCGGGUCUGUUCGAUGCUAGUGUUUUCGCAUACACACACCUAAUCCUGGAGGAGAAACUGGGGUGGCGACGGAAUCGGCUGGGACAGUUGCUGCGCCAACACGAGAACCUUGUACAACAUCGUGACAGACUCCUCAAGUUCUUCUAG